AACAAAUGUUUAUUGAGUGAAUUAUAAACACAAAAUAUGGCAAAUCGCACGGUAAAAGAGGCGAAAAACGUGCACGGCACUAAUCCUCAGUACCUGAUUGAGAAGAUUAUACGCUCGCGCAUCUACGACUCAAAGUAUUGGAAGGAACAAUGUUUUGCACUCACUGCCGAACUUUUAGUGGACAAGGCUAUGGAGUUACGAUUUGUAGGCGGCGUUUAUGGCGGUAACAUAAAGCCGACACAAUUUCUUUGCCUCACACUGAAGAUGCUUCAAAUACAGCCAGAAAAGGACAUUGUGGUAGAAUUUAUUAAAAACGAGGAAUUCAAGUAUGUGCGUGCAUUGGGAGCCUUUUACUUGCGACUAACCGGUGCUGCCAUAGAUUGCUAUAAAUAUCUGGAGCCGCUUUAUAUAGACAACCGCAAGUUACGUCGCCAGAAUCGUUCUGGGCAGUUUGAAAUUGUAUAUAUGGAUGAGUAUAUAGAUGAAUUACUGCGAAAUGAUCGUGUGUGCGACAUUAUAUUGCCGCGCAUACAAAAGCGCUCCAUACUGGAGGAGAACAACGAAUUGGAGCCCAAAGUAUCAGUUUUAGACGAAGAUCUAGACGAUGAAGUGCCCAGCGAAGAUGAGGCCAAGGAAAUGGAAGAAAAGGAGUCAAGUCGCACGAAAAACAAUACAUCGACUUCAGACAGACGGCCAAGGCGCGGUCACUCUAGAUCCAAAUCACGCAGUCGCGAGCGUGACAGAGAAAGACGUACUGCCCAAAGUGGCAAUGGACGCUCCAGAGACUAUUACGAAGACUUGGAGGAUUAUGAUCGUCAGCGUAAUCGCGUGCGCAACCACAGAGACACUCAGAACUACAGCAAUAGCAGUCACAAUGAGGACUACGACAGGCGUGUGUCCAGUCGCAACGACAGACAGGAUCGGGAACGCAACGACAGUAGACAGGAUCGGGAACGCAACGAUAAUAGACAGGAUCGGGAACGCGAUAGACGUGACAGGCGUUACGACCAACGGGAGCGUGACUCACGUAGCGAACGUGACCGCAGACGCUACUAAAAUGCAUUUUUAAUAUAAAACAAACUUCAGUAAAAUAAAAACAUUGACAAAAAUACAAAUCCAUUGUUUCAAAGGCAGCGCAAUGAAGUGAAAACGUGAGUUAUCGCUUAUCGAUAGAACGCAUGCAGUGAGACC